AUGAUCUCAUCCACCUCGGGACUUAAAAAGAGAACGAACCGAUGCUCUUCGUCGUUAGUGAGUUCCUCGGAUCUUUCAGAAUUGGAUCCGCCCAAAAAGUUAAAAUCAAAUGAUUGGUUUGAAUUGAAUGACUACGAUCCACACAGAGAGGGAGAUCAUCAUCUCGCAUCAUCAUUUCAAAAUCUCGAAUGGAUGGAUGACCUUGUGUGUUCUCACAUUCUUCAAUUUCUCUCUCCGAGACUAAUUUUUCUACAGUAUCGACGAGUGUGUAAACAAUGGCUUGCAUUUUCCCGACGAUUGAAAUAUUCUUUUAGAAAUAUUGAGAAUGAAGAAGAAUUUAAUUUCCUUCGAAAAUUCCUCAAGAUGGGAUAUCAAAUCAAGGAUUUAGAAGUGUCACACAUAACCACGAUCGAGAUGGAAGAAUGGGAUGACUUGUCGCGAUCAUUGAUGAAACAUGCAAGACUGACUUGCUUGAAAAUCACAAAAUGUAAAAUAAUAGAUGCAUGCAUCCACAAAAUAUUCUCUCUUCAGAAUACCACUCAACAACUCACACAACUUGAUUUGCAAGGAAAUUCAAUUUCGAAUGAAGGAGCUCAAACAAUAUCUCGUUGUCAACAUUUAAACAAAUUGACCUAUUUAAAUAUUUCAAUGAACUGCAUGAUUGGAGAUGAAGGGAUUCAUGAAUUGACGACAAGUGGAAUGUUAGAAAAUUUACAAAGUUUUAUUUUACAAAGAACGAACUGCAGUGUUCGUGGUGUGAAAAGCGUCGCAUUACUGAACAAUUUGACACAUCUAGAUAUGUCCAAAAACUCAAUCUCUGCAGAAGGUGUUUCAAAUUUAGUGCAAAAUGUAGUAUUGUGUCUAAAUUUGAGAGUUCUGAAAAUGUGCCAUUGUGGUUUACGAUCGGCAGGCAUCAAUUCACUCGUUUCUGCAGAGUUUCAUUUCACAAAUUUAAGGCAUCUCGAUUUGGAAUGGAAUCGACUGGAAGAUGAAGGAAUUCAAACACUUUCCUCGAGCCCUUUGUUGAAACAAGUGAGAUACUUAAAUUUAAAGUUAAAUGGACUUAGUGAUAAAGGAGCUCAAUGCAUAGCAGACAGCAGGUAUGUCAUCUCUCUGACGGCUUUAAAUUUGGGACAAAACAGAAUUUCGAAUGUUGGUGCUUUGGCUUUGUUAAGGAGCGAGGUGCUUCGGCCCAGGCUUCAAAUGUUAAACUUGGAAUUGAAUAACAUUAAUGAAAACAAGAAAGUCGAGAACCAAUUAAAGCAAGAACCAAAUUACGAUGAGGAAUUAUGUGACCGAAUGAAUUCGAGGGUGGAAGAGCACCUCACGGUGUGCUUACUCAAAAUAAAAGUUGAUUUUUUCUUUUGGGCUGGUUUUUAA